GCUACCACAGCACGUCCCCUUCAGGGAGAGCAAGCUGACCCACUACCUUCAGGGUUUCUUCUGUGGCCGGGGCAAAGCCUGCAUGAUAGUCAACGUCAACCAGUGUUCCUCCAUGUACGACGAGACGCUCAGCGUGCUCAAGUUCUCCGCCGUGGCUCAGAAGGUGGUGGUGCUGACCACCAAGACCGUCCCCCAUCUCGCCACCAAGAGGUCGGCCCGGGAACUGUCCAUGAUCAUCAACAACGCAGACAGGAAGUACCUGUUGGGUCAGAAGAGAAGGAGCUCCCUGGUUGGCUGGGAGACCAGUCUGGAGGACGUGCAGGAGCAUGACGACACGGACGAGGAGAGCGUGAUGGAGACCAUGCAGGAAGUGGACAAUGAUGAAAAGGUUCUCAUCAAUAAAGACACUUAUGAGAGCCAGCUCCUCCAGUUGACGGAGCUCCGGGAACAGCUCCAGAAAGAGAGGUCUGAAAACAUUGCUUUGGAAUCCCGGAUCCGUGACGAGGUCACCAAGGAGUUCUCGGAGUUCUUCUCUGAAAUGCAGACCGAUUCCAAGGAGCGUCUGGCCAAAGAGGAGAAGAAUGUCGAGGAGAGAGCAGAGAAGCGUCUAGAGAUCCUGAGAAAUCAUGUGACCAUUAACACCAGUCAAGAGGAGUUGGACAGAGUAGCGCGAGCCACAGAGGACAGCUCGCCAUUGGGAGAGAUGUUUGACUCCAUGUGCAGUGACCUGGCGGGCAUAAAGAAGGCGGCUUUGGAGGCCAAGACGUGUCUGGUGGUCACCCAACCCAGUGGCGAAACCAUCUCCAAUCUGGAAAAGACCGUGGAUGAUCUCUCGGCGCUGCUGAACCAAGCCCGGGAGCAGCUCACUGUCAAAACCAAUGAACUAGAACAUUAUUGCAAACAAGCGCGGCAAUCGAACGAACAGCUUGAAGAGGCGAGAAAGACUCUUGAGUCUCAGGAGCUGAAAUUCUCCCACUUCCUGGAGAUGUGUCACGAGAAGGAUGAGAUGAUCACCACGCUUCAGAACACCGUAGACCAACAGGCCCAAGCCGCCAUCAAGAGUAAGGCUACAUUUGACGGCAUCGAAAAUGAGAUCCUGCAACUGAAGAGCAGCUGCUCUUGCUCCAGAGGGGAGAGGCCCAGCUCUCGCGCAGAGAGCCGCAAACGGCUGGUGGACCACCAGGCCAACCUGGAGGACCAGCCCCCCAGCAAGAAAGGGUUCCUGGGGAGAGGAGAGGCGGAGAUGGACAGAUUGCGCAGGGAGCUGGUGGAGGUACAAAAGGACAGUGGGCUUCUCCGUGACAAGCUGACGGAACAGAAAAGAGAAUUCCCAAAGACCCUAGAGGAGAGUGAGAAAAGGCCAGAAAUGGAGGCUAAAGCCAUGCACCACAGUGAGAACUCUGUAGCUGAGGUCGUGACCUUGAAGGGAAAGAUGGCUGCACAGGAGGAGAAGCAGUGCACCCACCAAACGGAGAGGGAGGCGGUCGUAACCGUGUCCCAGUCGUAUAACGAUGAACUCAUGUCCCAAACAGAGAGAGUGGCAGAGUUGGAGAAGACGCUGUUUGAGAAGGAGGCACAGGUGUCAGGCCUGCAGAGGAGCCUGAGGGAGGCGCAGGAGAUACGGGAGGAUGAGGAGACCGCUACGGUGCAGGAGGCUCGUAAGAGGGAGGUGGAGAGGAGGCGGGAGUUGCUGGCUGUGGCUGAAGAGGCCAUCACUCAGAAGAACGCUGAGCUGGAGAGGAGAGAGCAGGUCAUCACCAGAUUGAAGGAGACGGCUAAACUUGACUCCGACAAAGUGAAGAGUUUGAGGCUGGACCUUGAGAGGAAAGACGACGACACUUCUGAUCUCAAAGAGAAGCUGUCCGACUCUAAAAGCCAGAUCCAGCAAGUUCAAAUAGAGAUCAUCUCCAUACGAGAAGAGGCGAAAUCUCUCAAAGUUAAACUGCAGGACUUGGAGAAAGUGAAGAAACGGCAGCAGGCAGACUUGGCCAAUAAAGACAGGACCAUACAGCAACUGAAAACGGAACAUUCUGCUGACGAGAACCUCAAGCUCAAUCCGAACGCCUGUAAAG